CGGCCUCCAUCUUGUGCGAGGCAGCCGCGCGAGUUCUUACCGCGUUGUCUGCUCUUGCCCGCCAGCCUCGAAGUGCCUCACCAUGACGGACCGUUACACGAUCCACAGCCAGCUGGAGCAUCUGCAGUCCAAGUACAUCGGGACGGGCCACGCGGACACCACCAAAUGGGAGUGGCUGGUGAACCAGCACCGGGACUCCUACUGCUCCUACAUGGGCCAUUUCGACCUGCUCAACUACUUCGCCAUCGCCGAGGACGAGAGCAAGGCCCGCGUCCGCUUCAACCUCAUGGAGAAGAUGCUGCAGCCGUGCGGGCCGCCAGCGGACAAACCGGACGAGUCUUAAGCCGGGAGCCUCGCCGCCGCUUGGUGCUUUCCUUCACCACGGACCGAGGCCGCGGGAGAGAGAGAGACAGGGCGGAGCGGGGCUGCUCCCCGGCCCCGAGGUGCGGGCCCGAGAACCGCUGGACUGUUCGUUGGCGCCGCGGCCCACCGAAGCUCGGCUCUUGGAGCCCCUCGCAGCCAGGAGGGCUGUUGAUGACCGCCUUGCCGCGACAGGAGCGGCGGCAAGCCGCGCCCGCCGGACUGAGGCGGCCCGCAGCAGACUUUCUCCACAGCCUCGCUCUUUCGGGCCCGGUCAGCCUGCGCGCGGGUGGUGGCAUUUCGGGACUCGUCACUGCGGACUGGUGUUCUCUCCAAAGCUUGCUAGCGUUUCGGUAGCUUUUUUUUUAAAUAAAUGCAUUGCCGGGUGUGUUCUAA